AUGUCACCAGGGAGGUCUCCUGGGUUGGGGCUGUACACCCUGCCUCGACACCUCCACCUCCACCUCCACCUCCACCUCUCCCACCUCUGCCUGUUGUUUGUAUGUUUGUCCCUCCUGGCCCAAGCCCCACUGGGUCUCCCCAUGUCAGGCUUCAAUACGGACACCAAGAGGGAGAUCACAGUGGACGGGGACCUGAUCAUAGGAGGGCUGUUCCCUGUGCACCAGAAGGGCGAGGGUGCCGAGGACUGUGGGAAGAUCAACGCUCAGAGAGGGAUCCAGAGAUUGGAGGCCAUGUUGUUAGCCCUGGACGAGAUCAACAAGGACGAGCGCCUAUUGCCGGGGAUACGGCUGGGAGCCCACAUCCUGGACACCUGCUCUAAGGAUACCUACGCCCUGGAGCAGUCCCUGGAGUUUGUCCGUGCCUCCCUCACCAAGGUGGAUGAUAGCGAGUACACCUGCCCUGACGGCUCCUACGCCAUCCAUGACGACGUCCCUCUGGCCAUCUCUGGGGUGAUAGGAGGCUCCUACAGUGAUGUCUCCAUACAGGUGGCCAACCUCCUUCGUCUUUUCCAGAUUCCUCAGAUCAGCUACGCCUCCACCAGCGCCAAGCUCAGUGACAAGAGCCGCUACGACUACUUUGCCCGCACGGUGCCCCCUGACUUCUAUCAGGCCAAGGCCAUGGCAGAGAUCCUGCGCUACUUCAAUUGGACCUACGUGUCCACCGUGGCAUCGGAGGGCGACUACGGUGAGACAGGUAUCGAUGCCUUCCAGCAGGAAGCCCGCGCCAGCCAGAUCUGCAUCGCCACCUCAGCUAAGGUGAGCCGCUCGAUGAACCGCUACAGCUACGACCAGGUGAUCCGCUCGCUACAGCAGAAGUCCAACGCCAAGGUGGUCAUCCUCUUCACGCGCAGUGAAGACGCCCGGGAACUGCUGGUAGCCGCCAACCGCAUGAACGUGUCCUUCAUCUGGGUGGCCAGUGACGGCUGGGGGAGACAGGAUAGCGUGGUGAGAGGCAGCGAGGCUGUGGCAGAUGGGGCCUUCACCAUUGAGCUGGCCUCCUACCCCAUCCUUCAGUUUGCUGAGUACUUCACAGGCCUGAACCCCUACAACAACACACGUAACCCCUGGUUCAGGGAGUUCUGGGAGAAUCGUUUCCAGUGUAGCCUCCAUGACCUGGGCUGUGGGAAGCACUCUCUGCGCGAUGGCCUGUUUGAGCCGGAGUCGAAGAUCAUGUUUGUGGUGAAUGCUGUCUAUGCCAUGGCUCACGCCCUGCACAACAUGAGGCAGACACUGUGCCCCAACUCCACCACCAAGGUCUGUGACGCUCUGAAGCCAGGCAACGGCAGGAGGUUCUACAGGGAGUAUAUUCUCAAGACCAAGUUUGAUGCUCCAUUCCGUCCAGCAGACACAGAGAACAUGGUGAGGUUCGAUGCCUUUGGAGACAGCCUGGGCCGCUACAACAUAUUCCACUACCACCAAGAGGACGGGCGCUACGUCUACCAUAAGGUGGGUUACUGGGCCCAGAGUCUGACCUUCAACACCAGCCAGAUCCCCUGGGAGGGUCAUGCUGUACCCACCUCCCAGUGUAGCGACCCCUGCAGGAAGAACGAGGUGAAAAGCAUGCAGCCUGGAGACGUGUGCUGCUGGAUCUGCAUCCCUUGCCAGUCCUACCAGUACCUGAUGGAUGAGUUCACCUGCGCCGACUGCAAGUUUGGCGAAUGGCCCCUGGCCAACUUGACGGGCUGCUACAACCUGCCUGAGGAGUACAUCCGCUGGGAGGAUGCCUGGGCUAUAGGCCCGGUUACCAUCUCCUGCCUGGGCAUGAUGUGUACACUCUUCAUCAUCGGCCUCUUCCUCAAGCACAACGACACCCCCGUGGUGAAGGCCAGUGGGCGGGAAGUGUCCUACAUUCUCCUGCUGGGUGUUCUGAUGUGCUACAGCAUGACCUUCAUCUAUAUCGCCAAGCCCUCCAUGGCUGUGUGUACCCUACGUCGACUUGGCCUGGGCACCUCCUUUGCUGUGUGCUACUCAGCGCUCCUCACCAAGACCAACCGCAUCGCACGCAUCUUCAGCGGAGUGAAGGAUGGAGCCCAGCGGCCGAGGUUCAUCAGCCCUGCCUCCCAGGUGGCCAUCUGCGGGGGUCUGAUCUCUUGCCAACUGGUGGUGGUGGUGGUCUGGCUCCUGGUGGAGACCCCGGGGGUCAGGAAGGAGGUGAGCCCAGAGAGGAGGGACAUAGUUACCCUCAAGUGCAACAGCAAAGACUCCAGCAUGCUCAUGUCCCUCACCUACAACUGCAUCCUCAUCAUCCUCUGCACCGUGUACGCCUUUAAGACCAGGAAGUGUCCAGAGAACUUCAACGAGGCCAAGUUCAUUGGGUUCACCAUGUACACCACCUGUAUCAUCUGGCUGGCCUUCCAGCCCAUCUUCUACGUCACGGCCAGCGACUACAGGGUGCAGACCACCACCAUGUGCAUCUCUGUCAGUCUGAGUGGCUCAGUGGUGCUGGGCUGCCUCUUCGCCCCUAAGACCCACAUCAUCCUGUUCCAGCCCCAGAAGAACGUCACCUCGCUCCGGGUGGCCACCACCCGCUUCGGCGUCACCACCGGCCCCGGAUCCAGCUUCUCUCAAGCUUCAGCCUCCAAUAUUGUACCAACGGUGUGUAAUGGUCGAGAAGUGGUGGACUCCACGACUUCAUCUUUGUGA